GUAACCCCCCCCAGUGACACCCCUCCUCCCCGCCGCGCCUUGCAGCUCCCGCGUGGUGGAGAUCCAGUCGCAGAUGUCAGAGCGGGCUGUGGAGCUGCUGGGGCUGCCCGAGGACCGGCCGUGCCUCCUGCUGGACGUGGGCUGUGGCUCUGGGCUGAGUGGUGAUUACGUCUCUGAAGAGGGGCACUACUGGAUUGGCAUGGACAUCAGCUCUGCUAUGCUGGACGUAGCCCUGGAGAGGGAGGUGGAAGGAGACCUUCUCCUUGCAGAUGUGGGCCAUGGCAUUCCCUUCAGGCCAGGCAUAUUUGAUGGCUGCAUCAGUAUUUCUGCAGUGCAAUGGCUUUGUAAUGCUGAUAAGAAGUCACACAGUCCUCCAAAACGCCUUUAUCAGUUCUUUUCAACUCUUUAUACUGCCUUGGCCCGAGGAUCCCGAGCUGUCCUGCAGCUGUACCCUGAGAACUCAGAACAGCUGGAGCUCAUCACAGCCCAAGCCAUGAGGGCUGGCUUUACUGGGGGAAUGGUGGUAGAUUACCCCAACAGUGCCAAAGCUAAGAAGUUCUUCCUCUGUCUCUUUGUUGGGGCAUCCAGCACGUUACCAAAGGGCCUUGGUACUGAGUGUGCUGAUGAAGAGAUACACCAGGCAAAGUUCACAAAUGAAAGGACACGGUUCAGAAACGUCAAGGGCAAGUCUGUAAAGAAAAGCCGGGACUGGAUCCUUGAGAAGAAGGAGCGCAGACGACGGCAGGGCAAGGAAGUGCGAGCAGACACGAAAUAUACAGGUCGAAAGCGCCGCCCUCACUUCUGAAUUGUUACGGACACUGCUGGAACAGAAGAUGGAGUGUUGGCCCCCACAGUGAGCCUCCUGUGGAUGGCGCAGAUUAGCACCCCUGGACGCAAGACCGGCCAGGACAGGUUCUUGCGGCCCUUGUGGGGUGAAGGCUGGCAGGUGCUGCCUAUCCUUCAAUUGCUAAACUUCUAGGCCUUUUUUCCCAGGGAAGGCAGAGUGAUGGACAGUGCUUUGGCCACUUUGUCCCAGGCCAUUGCUUACCUUCUUGAGAUGGCAGCAAGCUGUCUGGAGCUCCAGGUGAGCUAGGACAUUGUACCCAGCCUCCUCACUAAACAGUCAAUGCGUUACGGUUGUUGCUACUCUCGUGUGUCCUGGCCUCAGUACAGGGAGUGGGAGAUGAAGGUGGAAAAACAGCACCUGCUUUACUACCAGCUUCUCCCCUGCCAGCAGGCAGGUAGCUAGAUCUUAUGAAGGUUUGCGUCUCUUGAGGGCCAGGCAUACCCUCUUCCAAGUUGAAGGGGGGAAAUGUUACCUGAACUUUCCUGGGAUUGUUCCUCCUACUUGCACCUCCGUUCAGGCACACCAUGGGUGCCUUCGUGCCCUAACUGGUGCUGAGGUUCUCCACACCCCAUCCCUGAUCCCCAUCCCCUCCUCCGUUCAGCUGAAACAUGAGAUGUACCAGCCAGAGCUUUACAGUUACAAAUGUUUAUUCUACAUAAAAAUCCCACAAAACGGGAAGCUGUUUUGCACCCAAAGCUGUGGGAGAAGAAAGGAGGCUAGCAGGGAGAGAGGAUGAAGGGGAAAAGAGGCAACAUACAGUGUCAUCUAGCCCAGUGAGACAGAGCAAGCCAGGGUCACGAUCCACAUAGAAAACAAGGACACUUAGCUCACAGUACAGCAACGGUACAAUUCCACGGGGGGGGCUUAGAAAGCCUUCAAGUACAUUAAUUACAAAAAAAAAAAAA